CCAAUCCAUGUGCUGAGGGGCUGGCUGGGAACGGCAGAGACACUGGAUGUGGGGGAGGAAGGAGGGAUGGCAGCUGUGUGUGUUGGUGCUGGUGCAAGCUGGCUGCUGACGCUUGCAGGCUGGCAGGAGGAUGUGCCUGAUCAGCUCUGUGGGUAGAGAAAAUGUCCUGGAUCAGUUCGUGCUGGCAAGAGCCAAAGUGAGAAAAAUACUGAGACUGAAGUGGAUGAGAGUCUUUCCCAGGCUUUCCAUACAGAGCUUCCCAGAGUCCCUUCCCUGCUCACAAGAUAAUAGGAACCUGACCUUGGCACACCUGGUGGGAAGGAUGCGGAUGAGCUCCUGAAAAGCAGUGGCAGAAAGCUGCAGGAUUCCCUGAGAAGAUCAUUUUGUGGACAAAUGAUACAAGGAAAUGACAGAGGAUGAAACCUGUCUCUGUUCUUCCCAUGUGCUUUUAGAUCCCUCAAGUUUGCUUGCAAGACCUGAAAUGCCACUAGGGAAUAAUCAAGGUAAUGUUUGCCAUCGUUUUAAAUGUGAUCCUUUGGAUCCCUCAUGUCCAUGGGGUUUGGGCUUGUGUCCGGUCCUGCCCUCCCAACUGUGUGUGCACCCAGGAGCGGAGCUGCUCUGUCCUCUGCGACCGUGCCGGCCUGGGGCAGAUCCCCAGCGAGUUCCCUUGUGAAGCCUCUUCUAUCAACCUGGACAAAAACAGCAUCAAGUUCCUCUCUGAGAGGGCCUUCGGGACCUUGCCUUCCCUCAAAUCCCUGUCGCUCAACCACAACAACAUCUCCUUCAUCACCCCGGGGGCUUUCAAGGGGCUGCCCAGCCUGACCGAGCUGAAGAUGGCCCACAACGAGUACAUCCGCUAUCUCCACACGAGGACUUUCACCGCCCUCAGACGGCUGGUGAGGCUGGACCUGGCGGACUGCAACCUUUUCAACAUCCCAGACAGGAUCUUCAUUGAGCUGCCUGCUCUGCAGGAGCUCUUCUGCUUCCAGAACAACUUCCGAAGGAUCCCAGGUGCCAUCAGGGGCAUGGAAAACCUGACCCACGUUUACCUGGAGAGAAACAGGAUUGAAGCGGUGGCCUACAACUCCCUGCAGGGCCUGAGCAAGCUGAAGUACCUGAAUCUGCAGGACAACAAGAUAAAUGUCAUUCACGAGCGAGCCUUUCAGGCCUGUCAGAAGAUGGAGUACCUGUACCUGAAUGACAAUUUGAUCAGUGAGCUUCCAGAAAACUCCUUUGAUGGCCUGAGGCGCCUGAAGAUGCUCAACCUGGGGGGGAAUUUUCUCAGGAACAUUUCCAACACCUGGUUCAGGGACCUGGGGGAGCUGGAGAUCCUCUACCUGGACCGCAACAGGAUCAGCUACAUCGAGGAAGGGGCUUUUGAGAACCUCACCAGCCUGGUCUCAUUGCACUUGAACAGCAACAACCUGACGACCCUGCCCUUCUCUGUCUUCGAACCGGUGUAUUUCCUCGGGCGGCUGUACCUGUUUCGCAACCCCUGGGAGUGCGACUGCCGCAUCGAGUGGCUCAAGGAGUGGAUGGAGAAUUACAGGCUUGUCAGGGAUAUUCCUUGUGCCUCCCCCUCCUCAGUAGCUGGGAUUGACCUGACGGACGUGCUCUACGAGAGGUCUCCAGAAGGUUACUGUCUCGACCCAGUGGAGCUAAACAUCACGUCUGAGAGUCCGACCCCAAGUGAAGAGCCUUGGUCUACCACAGAGAGCAAGUUCAACAGCCUUAUCUCCAAACUCUUGCUCCAGAUGGGCCUUCCUGAAGAGGUGUCAAACGCCACCGAAGUCUACAGUAACACCACGCAAAUGGAUGGACAGACUGAAGGGGUUUCUUCUGGCGUGGGGGAAAAGAAUAUUGAGGCCGACUCCUCUUCUUUUUGCCUCCCAGCACUUUUUACAGUGAUUGUGUUGCAGUGCAAAUAGUCCAAGGGCUGUGUGGACCAACCAUGGGUCCUGCUUAAGCGUUUAGUCCUUACACCUACUUAGUCAUUAGGGAGAAGUUUGUACUGUGGGCCUAUGAUACAUAACUGGCUCCAAACUCUUCCAGGCUGGGUUGGUUGGAUCUGGCUCCAGAUUCCCCCAGGAGCUGAUGGGAUCUGGUUCAAGGCUGGGUCCCACUCUGGGUAAGAGACCUGCCCUUUGGGUGUCUCAGAGCCUCCUGGAUACUCACAGAGCUCUGUGGAAGAUGAGUAGCAGCAAGGUUGAGUUUUGCCUUGAGAGACUUGUGAUGUUCCCUGUACCUCGACAGGAUUUUGAUCCAUUCUCCUGCUAUCCUGGCACAGAUGCAGGAGAACCAGAUGGACCCAUGUUUGUCAAAAUAUUCUUCUCUGAGGCAAAGCUACUUAACAACAUACUUAUUAGUGUCAUUUCAAUGUAUUUAAUUUUAUUCAAUUAAUAUAUGGUUACAAGGAAUACACUGUUUUUAUUUGUAGAUUAUUUCAUGGCAUGGCAGCAGGGGCAAAGCAUGGUGAUGACAAAUGCAACCAGGCUCUACUAAAUAUUUUGUAUGUCCACCACUAAUGUGUACCACAUACUGUAUCAUAUUACGCCAUAUUAACCAACCAUGCUGUCAUUUUCUUUUAUAUGGCAUCUUACAUGUUUUAUCUUUGAAAUCUUCAAUGAAAGCUGCUAAUAUGACCAGAAAG